GAGUGAAGUUACCUGGGUAAAACCUGUGUACUGUGCCGCUACACCUGCUCUGCUUGAGGAAGGGAAGCCUGUUGUUCAUGUCUAGCCUGCUCGGAUAACAGAUUAAUCAGUCGCUCGAUGGGGAGUAACCGUGGACCAGCUUUUUGUGUCGCCUUUCCGCCUCUCAGUCACAGGAAGAAUCCUUUCUGCACCUCCUCAAUAAUCAUGAUGAAACUGGUAUUAACUGAAUGGCAAUUAUGGAUUUUUAACUCUCGUUCACAGUAAGCCAGCAGCCAUAUGUACCGAGUCCUAUCAAGUAUCACUGUGGUCUUGCUGCAUGUGGCAAACACAAGGGAGAAGUUGUGAGAGACGUGUUUCUACCGAGAGGAAUAUAAGUAUUACUUGCAUGAGGAACACAACAGAAGCUGAAAGAAGAUACCUUAACUUAUUACGAAUCUGGUAGUGUUUUUAUAUAGCUAGAAUAAUUAUCUACUGUUGGGGAAGGGGUGGGGUCAUGAAAAUGGCUCCCCAGAAUGCCGACUCUGAAUCUAUGCAAGUUCAAGAGUUGCCCGUGCAGAUUCCAGCUCCUCAACAGUCAGUGAGAAAGGAGCCGGAGAACGGCGAUGAGACCAUCAGCGAGGGCUCUAUAGACCGCAUCCCUGUUCGCCUGUGGGUGAUGCAUGGUGCAGUGAUGUUUGGCCGGGAGUUCUGUUACGCUAUGGAGACAGCUUUGGUUACUCCAGUCUUGUUACAAAUCGGUCUUCCUGAACAGUACUAUAGCCUCACCUGGUUCCUCAGUCCAAUCCUGGGCCUCAUCUUCACCCCGCUCAUCGGCUCCGCCAGCGACCGCUGCACCCUCAGCUGGGGCCGCCGGCGGCCUUUCAUUCUUGCCCUGUGCAUCGGAGUCCUCUUUGGAGUUGCCCUCUUCCUAAAUGGCUCAGCCAUAGGCCUAGCCAUCGGUGAUGUCCCCAGUAAACAGCCAAUCGGGAUCGUCCUCACGGUGCUGGGCGUGGUGGUGUUGGAUUUCUGUGCGGAUGCCACGGAAGGGCCUAUCCGAGCCUACUUACUGGAUGUGGUGGACAGUGAGGAGCAAGACAUGGCACUCAAUAUCCACGCCUUUUCAGCAGGUCUCGGAGGAGCCAUCGGCUACGUGUUGGGCGGGUUGGAUUGGACCCAGACCUUCUUGGGCCACCUGUUUAAAACCCAAAACCAAGUCCUGUUCUUCUUUGCGGCCAUCAUCUUCACGGUGUCCGUGGUCCUCCACCUGUUUAGCAUCGAGGAGGAGCAGUACAGCCCCCAGCAAGACCGGCUGGAAGAAGAGGCCGACACCGUCUCGAGCGUCAAGUUCAGCAGCAGCCUGCCUCCUGUCAACCGUCUACACGUCAUUGCCGAGGAGGAGCCCUAUGGGGCAGUGGUGUUCCCUGAGGAGGCGCAGUCUGAGCAUGACCUGAGCCUGGACUUCCUGGAUGUGGACAUCGUGAGGAGCAAGAGCGAUUCGGUCCUGCACGUGCCAGACGCCACGCUGGAAAUGGAGUCGGAGCUGCUCUUCCUGCACGACAUCGAGCCCUCCAUCUUCCAGGACCCAUCGUCGGACCCCAACACUCCCCACAGCACCAGCCAGGAGCUCCUCAAAUCGAAGCUGAACCGCCUGUCCACUUUCCUGCGGGAGAACGACAGGGAGGACGAGAUGCUGCUGGACAAUCAUGUGAGCCAAGCCAAAGUCCCUAACGGCAGCGAUUCCCCUCCGCGGGAUCUCAACGGCCACCUGAGGCUCGGAGUGAAGCCGUCGAGCACCUCCAAUUCCAUGCGGAGGAGGCGGCACAUGUUCUACCGCCAGGCCUCCUACACCUUCUCCUACUACGGCAAGAUCGGCUCCCACCGGUACCGCUUCCGGCGGGCCAAUGCCGUCGUGCUGAUCAAGUCCUCGCGCAGCAUGAAUGACAUCUACGAUAUCCAGAAGAGGCAGCGGCAGAGGCAGCGACAGAGGAACCGCAGCGGGGCCACCAACUCCAGCGGGGACACAGAGAGCGAGGAGGGGGAGACGGAGACCACCGUCCGGCUCCUGUGGCUUUCCAUGCUGAAGAUGCCCAAGGAGCUGCUGCGCCUCUGCCUCUGCCACCUCCUCACCUGGUUCUCCGUCAUCGCCGAGGCCGUCUUUUACACCGAUUUCAUGGGCCAGGUCAUCUUCGAAGGCGAUCCCAAGGCCCCUUCCAACUCCACUGCCUGGUAUGCUUACAAUGCUGGCGUGAAGAUGGGCUGCUGGGGACUUGUCAUCUAUGCGGCCACCGCUGCCAUCUGCUCAGCCCUGCUCCAGAAGUACUUGGACAACUACGACCUUAGCAUCCGGGUCAUCUACAUCCUCGGCACCCUGGGCUUUUCCAUCGGAACGGCUGUGAUGGCCGCAUUUGCCAACGUGUACGUUGCCAUGGUCACGAUCAGCACCAUGGGCAUCGUCUCCAUGAGCAUCUCCUACUGCCCCUACGCCCUUCUGGGACAAUACCAUGACAUCAAGCAGUACGUUCACCAUAGCCCCGGAAACUCAAAGCGAGGGUUUGGCAUAGACUGUGCCAUCCUCUCCUGCCAGGUUUACAUUUCCCAGAUCUUGGUGGCAUCAGCGCUUGGCGGAGUGGUGGACGCGGUGGGCUCCGUGCGGGUCAUUCCAGUGGUGGCGUCAGUGGGCUCGUUCCUGGGUUUCCUAACAGCCACCUUCUUGGUCAUUUACCCUGAACUGUCCGAGGACUCCAAGGAAGAACAGAAAGGCCUGGCUCCUCCCCAGGUGGCAGAGGGCAGCGGGGUCAGCACGGGGGAGCCCACGGCGCUGGGGCCGUGUCAGAAAGAGGCUCCCCCGGUUGAGGCAGAGAGCGAGUCAGCCGUGUGAGCCUGCCACCCCCCGCUGGCCUGCCCAUCCGCCCGUCCUGACCCACAUUCCAGCAGGAAGCAGGCCAGAAGGAACACAGUGUCGGGAGGGGAAUUUUUCUGAACCUCCAGUAGUUAGCGUCACUUGAAUCACGGCAAAACCAAGAUCUCAUGUAAAUGUCGUUGAAAUUCAAUAACCCUCGGCAGCUUAGAACCGACAGUGUGAUGAGUGUGAUUCUAACUGCGUCCUCCUCGAUGAAAAAUCGUCAGUGUUUCUGUACACCCAUUUGUUCAUGAAGAAAGAGCCCCUUAGAAUUCAACUUCUGGUCCAUUGUUCUGCAUGUUUUUUCAUUGUGACCAAACAGAUUGACAGGUGUAGACAAUGAGCAAUUUAGAGAGAUUAAGAACUAUUUUCCAGUUUUGUUGGUUGAACAAAAAGCUGUCUUCGCAGUUGCUGCUACCCCACCUUGUGUGCGCCCUUUGGAUAAUGCUGGUGUCGUCAGUGGCUCCAGUAGAGACUCCCCUCAGACAAAGCUUCUAUAGAUCCAAGCAGACUGUCAGCUACAGGUCAUUUAAAGUGUGUUAGGGUUUCACCCUAGUUUAGUGGAGCAAUUGUUAGAUAACAUUUUUCUUUGGAAAUUCUUUAAGACAGAAAUACCAAACUGUGACAUCCAGGAAGACUGGCUCCCAGUUGUCUUCUCCAAGCUGUCUGUCUAAUCUGGGCCGGUGUUCCUGCACCUUCCCGGAAGGGAGCAGCUCAGAGGUAGCCCUGGAGAGGUGUGAGAGCCGGCUGGGAGGCUUUCUGAUCCUGAGACGCUUAUUGAUUGAGAACAGUUGGGUGUAUGCGCUGCCCACCAUUCGAGUGGUUUCCUGUACACACUCUGCUAGUCCCCCACCCCGCAACAGCUUCACGCUCCCCCUGGGCCCCCCGUCAGAGCAGUUUCCAGUACACUCUGCGUGAGCACCAUCAGAAUAUACCAUCAUAAGACUGUUAACUAAAGACUUUUAAGAGCUGGAGAGCUUGCUGGUCGGGGGAGGGGGUGCUGUUUGUGGAUUCCUCCACGGCGACUCCCCUCUGCCCCCCCAGCAUCUGAUCCUGAAGCUCCCUCCCGAGGGAGAGUCUCUUUUGGGCGGUCGAAAGGGGUGGGGCCUUCCCCUAGCUGGGGAAGAAGACCACUGCGAGGGGCGGUUCGUUGUGUUUGCUUCACAUUGCACUUUCUCUCGAGCCUUUGGACCGGAGCUGUCCGCCUAGCCGAGUUAACGGUCCAGAGUCACCACGACAAAUCCUGAAACAAAGGCCUACCUCUGGAGCUGGGAACUAGAACUAGCCCGCUCCUAGAAGAGUCUGUCCCCGGAGCGGCCCAGCCCUGAGAAACAAUCACAGAGCCGAGUUUCCCAUGCAGGGGCUGGGGUGCCUACCCAACUGUCAGACUUCCCCUACCCGUUCAUCCCUGGAGGAGUCCUGCACCUGAACAAGUCACUCCAUACAAAGAAGUUUCUCUCCAGAAUCUCUGCACUGGGGUUUGGGAGGCAUGCACCUCUCCGACUCUGGGGUCUCCGAGUCUGAGGUGGCGGAGAAGAAGGAGGCGGAAGAGGAGGACGACAAGAAGCCCAAGCGGCCAGAGGCUCUGGUGUUCAAAGCCACGAUUGCUGCUUUAGAAGAGUCUGUGGGCUUCCUCUUGGGAAUGGCCAUUCUCCGCUUCCCAAUAUUCAGGGACAGGAGAGGCUGUAUGUUAUUAAAUAGACACAUUUUCCAAUGAUGGAAAUUCUCAAGCGUCAAAAGUCUGGAUUUUAAAAUAAAGUACUUUCAAGUGCAUGUGAAUCAUGCUGCAAUAUGAGCGUUCUAAAGCAAAAACCAUUUCAAAGCUAAGCUGUUUUUAAAAUAGAUUACUUGAAUUUUCAGUAUAUUUAGAAGAAUACGUUUUAAUGGACUGAACUCACAUGCUGUCUUGCCAGGGUCUGGGUAAGUCACUGUUGGCCUCCGUGGUUUCUCCCAGUAGCUGUUUUGUUCCACAGGCACUGCACACCAGCUAUCCGAAGUGCCGGCAUUUCAUAGCCACAGAAACACAGAGUGGCAAAAGAAAGACUCUUCCAAGCCUCAGAACUUGCUUCUCUGUCUCUGUCUCUUUCUCCCUUUGUCUGCCUCUGUCACCCUCUCACUCUCUCUCUUUAAGGUGGGCUUUUUUUUUUUUACGGGGAGGGGUGGGGCGGUGAAUUUUGUGCCCAACAAGAAAAUCAUACUACUGAAAACCUCUAAGACCUUACUACAGAAAUGCAGUUGUGUGAAAUAGAUGAACUGAACACUUUGAGUGAGCUGUACCACCCACCUGUGAUGUGUGAAUCAUUUUGGCUGUUUUUGCCCAUGGGAGGGAUACAGUACCAGUUUCUCUCACAGAGAAACUCCAGAGGCCCCAACCCUCUGCCCCUGCCUAGACUCGCUUCAAUGGCUUUCACCUUCCUGUGGGCCAGAACGGCCUGGGGCCAGGGACGCCGAUGGCUUUGGGUCACUUUGAUGUGUGUCCCACUGCAGCACCUUAGCAAUUGAGACUGGGAAGAGGCACUUCGUGGCUGGGAAAUUCUAGGAAUGAGACCACGGUUUGGGCUGGGCCCGUUGGACAGUCAGAUCUGGCCUGGCCAGGCCAGUAAAGCCCUCCCCAGCCUCUGAUACCAACCGGACCCCUGCGGCCGGGGGUCGAGGCUGGGCCGAGAGAGCCUCGUCGGUUCAUACUACAGUGGGAGGAAGCAGGUUAGCCAAGCCCGGGGUUGCCACCCAACCUGGAGAGCUAGGCCUUACUUCUGUCUCUCUCUUUUUGCUUCUUUUAACUUGACUGCGUAGUUUCUGGUCUCAUUAAAGUGGCUUCAGUUUAAUUUCUUGAGAAAAGAAAGCUAAGCCUUGCUGGGUUGCCGCAGGUUCCUGAAAAAAAGCUGCUCUCUUUAGGAGCCUCCGUGAACCCUUUCAACUCCUGCUUCCUCAACAAAGGUCACAGCUAAAAGGGCCAGGACCUGGGCAUUGCCUGGCUUCUGAACUCUGGAGAAAGGUCCAAGAAAGAUCAGUGGCCGCUGUUCUGGGCAGCCUCCGAGCAACUUCUAGCGAAAGGCCAGGACAGGCUUUGGAAACACCCCUCCCACCUCAGCCUUGCAACUUAGUGAUUCCUGGUGUGGGGGGCAAGGGACGAGGGGCUCUUCUCCUGCCCUUACCACUCAGCUUCAGUAUCUGUCUUACAGGCUUGUGCCCUGGGUAUGUGGAGAGAGAGAGGGAGAGAGAGCGAGAGGGUUCUAGCAGUUGGGGUCGGACAGGUAAGGAUGCUACCCUUGAUAUUUUCUGACAGAGCACCUCAAAUCACAUAUGUCCUGGAGCCGAUUUGGGAGUUGGUGGUAAUUUUUUUUCUGUUUGCUCAUUAUAAUGUUAACUUGAAAAGCUUUAGUAUUAUUAUUGUUUUUAAAACAGAUUUAAGGAUAAUGUUAAUUAACUUGUUAAUGUAAGCCUUCUGCUAUGUUUGCUGGGUCAGCUGCCCCCAGCCUGGUGCAUUAGAAUAGCAUAAAAAGUUCACUUCAGAGCAGUGCGCAGAUUCAUGACCAGUGGGCUGCUGCUGCUGCCAGAAAAUCCCCCCACCCAAGCAGAGCCCCAUGCGAAGCGAGGUCUCCAGCAGUGGGACGGAGCUGGGUCUGGCUCAUUUCUGCUCAGAUUCUGUUCCCGAAGUAGUUCACGGUGGAGCUGGGCAGGUCUUCCUUCUCUUCUGCCUUCCUCAGGUGGCAGAGCAAACCCUAACCCUCCCUGAGGCUAAGGCCAUCCCAAAGAGGAGGCAGCAGAGAGGCAGGGAGGUGGGGCAGCCAGGCGCCAGAAGACUGGGGCGAGUCGGAGUAGCCCUGAAUUGUGUUUUUUCAGUGUUGAGAGAGGGUAGUGAAUUCCCUGAGCUUUCUGCGCAUCCACUGAUUUACUCGAGUAUGGACCUGAGAAUCUCCGCCUUCCUCUAGGGAAGAGUGAAUGGGCCAUUUCCUCAGAGUGACUUCCAUAUGAAGCACAAGUGGGCCACUGUCCAGAGGGGUUACUGAUGGGCAGGACAUCUGAAAUGCUGAGGGAGCCGGAGGAAGGGAGGGCAGAUGGGCGGGCAUGUAGCAGAGCAGUCGUGGAGAUGGUGCUGGACUUAGUCGCUCACUGUUCCUUGAAGACCCUCCUCUUUGCCCCAGAUAAGAGUCUUGUUUUUGGUUGCCACUUGGGCCCAGGGCCCUCUGGGACUCUGUCUGAAGCACUGAAGUCUCUCCCCUCCUCCUGGCCCCAAACCCCGGCCUUGUAGUCACCGCUCGGGCACAGGCCACUCUGGGUCUCUGCCUGGAGCAUCGAUGCUGUCCCCUCCUCCUGGCCCUAAACCACAGUCCUGUAGUCACCACUUGGGCUCAUAACCCUCCGGGACUGUGCCUGGAGCACCAAAGUAUUGUUUUCUCGAUCUCUUUUUAGGCAGCCGAAUUCUGACAGGACCAGCGAGUUCUGUUUGGUCUCGUCCAAGUCCGCAUCCCUGUUGGCUGCCAACAUCCCUGAUUGCUGUCUCCCUAUUCCAUGAAAGGGUUUAAUGUUGGAGGGAGAAAUUACCUGUUUAUUCCCAAUUGCCCACUGCUCCGGCACUUCCUGGAAUGCCUGAAGGUGUUUGUGAGCAGGAAAUACCAAAUCUAAUUUUUUCUAGGAAUUUGGGUAUUUACAUAGUCUUUAACCUGUCUUUCGCUUAACCUCCAAGCUGAGUAGUUUGAAAAUUAGAUUUUAAAAAGGGUCGUUCCCCAUAGACCCACUACCUACAAGAACUUACCUUUGUUUCCUUUCCUUUUGCACCUGGAAGAGGCUCUACCUGCAGAUGGUCAUCCAUUCGCUCUGGGCUGGGGAGGGGAGGGGGGCAGGCCAAGCCUGCCAUCGCUCUGUUGGUUCUUCUGUCCCGCGGCAGCGUGAACAGAAGCUGCUUUUGAGAUCCGCUGAUGCUGUGGCCCCCAUGUGACUCGGAGGGGUCUGGCCUCCCUUGAGCCCGGGCCUCAAGCUCCCGCAUCCCACUCCCCAAUGGAAGUGGUCUCCGAGCACUCAGCACCACAUAGCCAGAGCAAGAUUUGCCGGGGUUCAGGCCGGAGGGAGGACCAGCGUUGGACAGUUUUCCCCUGACCAGGGGGUGGCCCCCGGGACUGUGGACCCUUCCAAAGUUGGCAGCGUGACUCCUCCAGGAGCUGGGGGCACACCUGGCUCUCCAUUGCCUCGGGGGACAGAAAAGCUGCGUUUCGGGCAUCUCAUAAUGAAAAUAUUUAGUUCCAUUGUGAACUGGCCAUAUGACAACUUUUUUUUAUCAACUUAUUAAGUUGGGGCACUAUACUAGCUCUUGCUGAGUUUAGCGAUGUUAUAAAUGUGUGUUAAACACAUAAUGUUGUUAAGUUUUAUGAAGAAAAGGGAUUAAAGACAAGUAAUGUCAGAUGAAUGAAUUUUGAUGCGUAGAUAGCAUAAUGUGUUUAUUUCUACACUGAGCUUUGUUUAAGGUAAAGAUUUGCUGCAAGACAAACUGUUUCAUUGUGUUCCGCACUUUCAGUUCUGUUUGUAUCAUCUUUGUUUCCUUUGUGGAUAGAAAAAAAAUUGAUUUAGAGACCCUCUCCUCCCCUCAACCGUGGUGUGUCCCAAUCUGUUACUUUACAGUUGGAUCUGAAUAAACAUUUCAGUAAGAGUUUA